AACAUAAUUUGUUCAUUCAUAAUGGUACAAUCUAAUUCAAUCAAGAAUGAAAAACGGAUUGUUGGAAUCGUGUUCAAAGCACUCUUGAUCGACUUGCUCGCAUUCACCAUUAUUCUUCCGCUCUUUCCACGACUAUUGAACUACUACCAGCAAGAAGAUCUCGCUCGUCAGGGUACUCUGUUGGGUUGGGCACUUCAACUGUUGGAACAAUACAAAGGUUUGGUGACAGUAGAAUCUGUAUCUGGUCAACGUGGAGACAAAUGGGACACGGUUCUGCUGGGUGGACUGGUGGGAUCUUUUUUCUCGUUUUUGCAGUUUAUUGUAUCUCCUUGGAUCGGAAGAGCGAGUGAUAAGCUGGGACGCCGUAAAGUACUCUUAUGGACUAUGGUCGGUAAUAUUGCAUCAACACUCGUCUGGUUAUUUUCUCGUUCAUUUUCAACCUUUUUGUUGGCUCGCUUAAUUGGUGGUUUAAGCGAAGGAAAUGUCCAAUUGAGCAUUGCAAUUAUCUCGGACAUCACUCUUCCAGAAAGAAGAUCCCGUAACUUGGCAUUGGUUGGAAUUGCAUUUGCAGUUGCCUUUACUUUUGGCCCUCCUCUUGGAGCCUGGUUUGCUUCAAUUGAUCUCGCCCAGGUUUAUCCACACGCUGUAGAGUGGGGAAUCUACCCUUACUCUAUGCCAGCCCUGGUGGCCAUGGUUCUGCUGGUCAUCGAAACUUUAUAUCUGGCCAAAUAUUUACCUGAAACUCGCAAUCAACAACAGCAACAGCAACAACAACAACAACAGCAGCAGCAGCAGCAGAAAUCCACAGAAUCUUCUGAAACCAAAGAUAACACUACUACUACUACUUCUUUAAACUCUCAGGGUUCAGUAGAAACCCGAUUGGCCAAUCUCCGACGACUCAAUACACUCCAGUGCUUGUUUAGUCUCUUGUUCUCAGGCAUGGAAUUUACCCUGGUGUUUCUGACCUUUGAUGUCCUAGACUACAGUCACAUGCAGCAAGGCAAGCUGUUGGGUACAAUGGGAAUUCUGUCUUCGCUGAUCCAAGGUGGCUAUGUCCGACGCAAGGUGCAGGUUAUUGGAGAAAAGGCAUUGGUGAUCCAAGGCAUGGUGGCUUGCGUGGCUGGACUUGUAUGCCUGGCGAUCACUGCUCUUCGCGUCCAUCAAGCAUGGCUUUACGGCGGAGUGUGUUUCCUUGCGUUUACGAGUGGCACGGUGGUGAACUGUCUGACCAGCUUGGCUAGUUUACAAUGCGAUGACGAUCAUGCAGAGAACGAUCGGCUGACCAAAGGCCGUGCAUUGGGUGAGUUCCGUAGCUUUGGCCAACUGGGACGUGCACUUGGACCAGUCUCUGCCUGUGGACUUUACUGGAUGACCGGCCCAGUGUCCUGCUACACUGUUGGUGCUGUCGUCAUGUCUAUCAUUGGUGCCAUGACUGCAUUAUGGGCACCCAUGCGCCGAAUUAAAUCUGAUUAAAAAAAAUGAUUGUGAUGAUGAUGGAUUUCUUGUAAUGAUAUACUGGUAGUAACAAAGAAUCAAAAGAAAGUUCAGUUUACAUGAUAUAUGUUUACUAUUACUAUUACUAGAGCCAUUCUGUAUUGACAUUUGUAUGUAAAUAAAUUAAUAAAUUAAUAAAUUUGAAAUUAGCUAUU